GGGAGUUGGCGCAACUCUCAGUAGUCACUCUGUUUGAUCUUUCCCGCUAUGAACGCACCUCCUUUUCUCUCCUCCGGCGGCCCAUGGGGCCAGCCACCGCCGCCGCCACUUGCCCUAAAUCCCAAUUUCUCCCUCCAAAACCCCCUCAAUCUAUACAUGUACCUUUCAAACCUCGCCUCCUUCACACCCCACUACUAUCCACCUUUCCCUCCCAAUAAUUUCCUAGUCCAAAACCCUAGCUUCGCCCCCAAGCACUUCUCCAAUUCAGCAUUUCAUCCUCAGCUGCUGGAGAGAAUCGACGGCGCCGUGAAGAAGGCUCGCUCCGACCUUAUUGCCGCAGGGGAAAGCGUCUCGGCGUGGAAGGUCUCGCAGUCUGCGAUUCGGAUACUCGAGGUUGAUUGCUGGAGCUCUCUAGGGUUUCAAAUGCAGCAGGUGCCAUCUCUGCACCGCCUCAUGCUCACUCAAGGCAAGAUAGAUGCAUUUAUCCAUUGUUUUGUUGGGGUUCGAAGAAUUGCUUCAUUGUAUGAUCUCGAAGUAGCAAUCUGCGAGAAUGAGGGUGUUGAACAGUUUGAAGAGCUGGGAUUGGGCCCUUUGUUGCGAAAUCCUCUUGUCGUGCAUUAUUUCUCAGUGAAGUGUGAUGCAACUGAAGUGUUUAGGAUAACGAGUGAGGAGAUAAUAUCUUUACUUUCUGAGUUCAUGGAUGCUUGUAAACAUACAUAUAUAAGGGUUGAAGAAUUUUUAGAUUUCAUUGUAAAGAAGUGUGCAGUUGCAAGCAGAGAAGAGCUUGGAAUACGAAUUUACAGCUUGGGGAUGCAUAUUUCAGCCAUCCGGGUUGCUAGGGAUUUAGAAUCUGCUGCUCUGAAGAAAUCUGGAGGGUUAAUUAUUCAAAAACCAGAUUCAAGAUUUAUGAAGCGACCAAUGAGAAUGCAGCAAGACGAACAUUUGUCCACCUCCAUACAUAAACAGUUUUGUGGCAAGCACAUUAGGUUUGAUUCAGAGGAUGAAUGUAGUGAUGACGAAAAUAAUGACCAUGUCAAAUGCAACCAGGUUAACUUACCUUCACAAUCUGCUAAAAGUUCUGACAGAGUGGACAGUGAUGAUGGUUUGGUUGUCUCUCCAUCACAAUCCAAGGGUCCACCCAACCAGGUUAACAUAUCAUCACAAUCUGCUGAAAGUUUUGACAGACUGAACACUGAUGAUGGUUUGGUGGUCUCUCCAUCACAAUCCAAAGCUUCUCUUCCCUCAUUGAAAAUGCAGCAAGACAAAGGUUUCAGUACCAUUUCUUGUCAUGUUGAUUCAUUUUUGUCUGUACAUAAGCAGUUUUGUGGCAAGCACAUUAGGUUUGAUUUAGAGGAUGAAGGUAGUGAUGAUGAAAAUUAUGACCAUGUCAGAAGCAACCAGGUUAACUUAUCUUCACAAUUUGCUAAAAGUUCGGACAGAGUGGACUGUGAUGAUGGUUUGGUUGUCUCUCCAUCACAAUCCAAGGGUCCACUCAACCAGGUAAACUUAUCACAAUCUGCUGAAAGUUCUGACAGAGUGAACACUGAUGAUGGUUUGCUGGUCUCUCCAUCACAAUCCAAAGGUCCACUUCCCUCAUUGAAAAUGCAGCAAGAGAAAGGUUUCAGUACCAUUUCUCGUCAUGUUGAUUCAUUUUUCUCUGUAAAUAAGCAGUUUUGGGGCAAGCGCAUUAGGUUUGAUUCUGCAGAAAACUCGGAGGAUGAAUGUAGUGAUGAUGAUUUACAUGAUGAAGAAGAUUAUAAUUGUGACCAGGUCACAUGCAGUGUGGUUAACUUCUCAUCACAAUCUGGUGGAAGGUCUGACCGUGUGAGCAGCUGUCCUUACCCAUCUGCAAUAGAAGAGAUACAACGGCUUGGGUUGGACCAGCUUUCCCCAGAUAGUGGCGGCCAAAAGCACAAAGAGCCUAAUGACUCAGUUAAAAAGAAGAGAAAAUCUGAAAAUCUUGUAACUGCAAUCUCUGUGCCCCCCAAAUUGUGUAAGACAGAAAAGGUAGAACAAGUCGCACGGCCAAUAGAGAAUGGCAGGGAAGCCAAUAAUGUUAGAAAUUUGGAUGGAAGGAAAGCGGAAAGCUGGCCACCUGUGAUUGGAGAACUGCACCAAGGUAUCAUUAUACUUGUGCAAAUGGCUUUAGGACACGGGCACCAAUUUUACAGCCUAGAAGUGACUUACAAAAGAAGGGGGAUGAUAAUUAUGAUGGAUUUGUUAAACGGUCGGAUAAUAUGAUUCCUGUUACAGAUACUCCUCAGUGGGGCACAUCUAACUUUGGCAAGAGAGAUCGUCUUAGUACUUGCACACCUGAUGCAAUACAAGCAAAGGAAACUGGGAGACUAGGCGAGCUUGCUGCUUUUAAAUACUUCAUUGAGAAAGCUGGCAAGUCAGCUGUGAAGUGGGUUAAUGAGCAUAGUGAAACAAGGCUACCGUAUGAUAUAGUGGUAGGGGAGAAUGAAGACAGAAAAGAGUUCAUUGAAGUUAAAGCAACCAGAAAUCCAACCAAAGACUGGUUUGAAAUGUCAGUGAGACAGUUGCAAUUUGCAGUUGAGCAGGGUGAAGCUUUCAGUAUUGCUCAUGUCAUUUUAUCAGAUUAUAAUGUUGCGACGGUGAGAGUGUACAACAAUCUGGAGAAACUACUGAUGAAGCAUAACAACCAGGAGCUACAGGACCAGGAUUGCAAGCUGAAGUUGGUUGUCUUGGUGCUUGAGCCGCAGAAGGAAUUUACCAUUGUGUCCUGAAACUCGCUCCAUGACUACAUGAAGUGUACUCGAUAUACUUGACCACAAAAUACAGUGCACCCGUUAUAAAGAUUAUAGCUGAAGUUCGGCUUCACAUUUGUGAUCUCGGUAAUCUCCGAUUUGUUGUAGCUUAGGUUUAUCAAGUAUUUUAGUUCGUUUUUU